AAACAUUCUUGUUGAACCAGAAAACAGUUACAGCUUAGCGCAUACGAAUGUCAUGGUCAUUUAGAGUCGAGUGACAGUAAUUUAUGUUUUUUUGUCUCUCUUUGGUGGGUAAAAGUUCGCGCUGUUGUGAUAGUUUGUCUGUGGCUUCAGCUUGUUGUCAGACGGAGUUCCUCUGAGGUUUGUUAGCUGGUUUUUAGUUUGGCAGGCUAAUGGAUUCCACGGAGGAUUUGACCCCUCGAAACCUCCUCAAGCAAAUUCUGAUCACCGAGCCGCCCAAGACUCCUGUCGGCAACAGGGAGCCCCAUGCAGCAGGUGGCAGCGAGCCGCGGCGCAGCAGCAGGCGCAGCAGGAGAGAUGCUGAACCACAAACUCCACAAAACAUCCUGCGACGCAGCCUGAGGAACAAAAUCCAGGAGAAUAUAACCAGGAAAUCCCUGCCUCUCAAGCGACGAACCACCUCUGCUGUGCUCAGACAGCAAACUCUGUCCUCCACCAUGAUGUUUGAUGACGGAGAAACUCCCAGGCAUUUACUCCGGAACAUCCUGCAGACAGAGCCUGUGAAGUCCCCAGUGGUUCAUGACAAAGUCGCCCCUGCAGAGCUGCAACCUCCUUCAGAAGACAAUACAGUUACAAGAAGUCGGUCUAGUAUUGAGCUGUCGGGUCUGGAUCUGCCGGAUGUGACGAUGGGGAACAUUGCGAGCGCCGCUAAGGGCCUGAGCAGAAAGAGACCGCGUCAGAGCCUCAACGUCACCGCUUUUGAAAAACGACUUAAAGGAGCUGAAGAAGAACCAGAAAAUUCAAUUGGUGAUCAUUCAUCGCUUUCCCUGUCAAGCUCCUCCUCCCUGAGUCUGAAAACCCCAUUUGUUGAUGUUCACACUGAGAAGAGAGGCCUUCAGAGACGAGUUUCGAACCGCAGAAAGAUCACAGAGGAAGAGUUUAGUGCUGCCCUCAGCAAGCAGCAGAUGGGAGACGUGAGCAGUGACGCGCUUCAGGGGCGAGAGGUCGGCAGCGAAGACACAAACUUGGCGGGAAUUACGUUGGGCCUGAGCAAACUGAGCGAGCCCGACGUCACGGUCGACAUUGUGAACUGCCAGACGGCUCUGUACGACCAGCAUGACGCCAUGACCUCCAACUUCUCCAUCACUGCCACUCAGGAUAAACCCACCGUCAUGGCGACUCAGCACCAGAGAGACAUACAGGAGGAAGAGAGACAGAAAUCAGCUGAAGAAGAAGAAGCUGUGACAAAAAUGGAGGAAAAUGAAGGCAUGGAAAAUGUUGAUAAAACACAAGACGUUUCAUCAAAACCUGAGGAAAAGGACAAUGCGGUUGGAUUCCAGACUUUUGAUCUGGAUGAUGGAGCUGAGGCUGCAACCGAUUCUCAGUCUGAAGACGUCAAAGGAGGAUCUGAGGAAGAGGAGGCUGCAGCUGAGGAGGAACAAGGUGUGGAGCAAUCUGUAACUGAGGAAGAAGCUGCAGCCGAUUCUCAGUCUGAAGAAGAGGCUGCAGUGAGCUCCUCAGCUGAGGAUGAAGGUGAGGAGCAAUCCCCAACUGAGGAAGAAGCUGCAGCCGAUUCUCAGCCUGAAGAAGAGGCUGCAGUGAGCUCCUCAGCUGAGGAUGAAGGUGAGGAGCAAUCCCCAAAUGAGGUAGAAACUGCAGCCAAUUCUCAGUCUGAAGAUGUCGAAGGACACUCUGAGGAAGAGGUUGCUGCAGCUGAGGAGGAAGAAGGUGUGGAGCAAUCACCAACUGAGGAAGACGCUGCAGCAGCUUCUCCGUCUGAGGAAGAGGAGGCUGCGGCCGGCUCCCAACCCGAGGAUGAAGGUGGAUCAGUAGUAGGAGUUAAUCAACUCCAACGUGACGACAAGGAAAAGGAAAAGCCGGAAGAGGGGAAUGUGGAGGAAGGACGACACAUCAGUCGCAGGGCUUUUCGCUCAGAGGGCGGGCUUCUUCUGCCCGUCAUCACGGCAACAGAAGGUUACUCAUUCAUAAAGUCCAAAAGCUACAGCUCUGUGGGUUUGAACACCAGUUUGGAAAGAAUUCAGAAUCAAACUGGAAAACCAGGCUGGACUAAACGUUCGCUGCUACAUCUGGACAAAGAUUCCUGGGAUGUAAACAAUCCGGCGGAGAGAAAAGACGCCUCGUUCCACCUCCUCCAUGUCAGCCAUGAUGAAGAGGUGAGCGGGCAGCAGGAGGAUGUUGAGGCUGCUGCAGAGGAAGCCGGGGAACAGGAGAAAGAGUGGGACGAGGAUGAUAAUGAAGAUUUCCCAGGCAAGACGCCAGCUUUUGUCAGAGAGAAAAUAAAGUUUUUUACCUCCAGCCCUCCAGUGUUGCCUUCAGUUUCUAAAAAUCUCCCAGCGAGUAGUGCAAGCCAAGCUUUACCUGCCGCUAAACUAAAGGAGGCAAGACGGCGGCGAACUGGGCUGACCAGGAGGGAGUCAGUCCUACCAAAGUCCUACCUGACACACGUUUUCAAGCACUUCGCCAAAACAAAAGUCUCCGCAGACGUCUUCCCCGUCCUAAAUGAGAUAAUGGAUAAGUUCUUCAACCGAGUCGCUGAGGACCUGGAGACGUACGCAGCCCACGCAAAGAGGAAAACUAUCGAAGUUGAAGACGUUAAGCUUCUGUUGAGACGGCAGGGAUUCAUAAACGACAAGGUGCCAGUGGAGGUUCUCAUCGAAAAGUAUCUGCGCAUGGACCAGCGAAAGAUCCUAAUUCCCAUCGCAACCAGUGGAAAUGUUGUGAUCCCUAAAAUACGGAAGUGAAUACUUUUGAAGCACCAUUUUCAUCUAUUUAUCUCCGUUAAUAUAUGUCAUUUCUAUAUGGCUUUGUUAAGGUUUUUGUACAUAUGUAAAUGUUCCUUAAAAAGGUUUUUUUCCUUUUGUAUAUGUAACUGUUGAGAGGGUUAUUUUAUUUUCUCUUCUGAUUCAAAACACAAAUAGGUAUAGUUUCAACCAUUAAUAAAGAUUAUCUGCA